GCUGCCGCACGCCCUCUGCCUCGUCGAGCGGACGGCCGCUCGCGCCCAUCCCGACCCCGCGCCUCAGCUCCGACUCGGAGCGCCGCCGUUGCUUGCUCGCUCCCGAGUGGCCGAGCGAACUCUACAGCUGAAAGGCUUUGGGCCCCGGCCGACCUCCUGCCCCGCCCCGCCCCGUUUCGCCGCGGCUCCUGGUGCCCGGGUUGGCGGGAGGAACUUGGCCCUGCUCCCCGCGGGGCAGCUCGCGUCUGGUUCUGUCAAGCCUCGCCGGGUCGCUCCUUGGUCGCCUCUUCUGCAGGUGCAUCGCGGGGAGCAAAUUGUACAGUGGCAGUUACGCAUGCUUUUAAAAAUGCCUAAAGUUUAUGGCUGCCUCUACCUCCUGCCUUCUCCCCAACCGUUAAGGAAUAACCCAUGUGAUGUCUGAGAAAAAAAGCACAUUUAAAAAGAGUGUUGCAAAUGGCUUCAGAAUCUGUGAAUGCAAAACAAGUGAGGGGUCACUUUACAAAGGGCAAAAGGCAGCAGCACCAGCAGACGAAGAACAGAUCCUCACUGAACGAUGGCGAUGGAGAAGACUCCUUUAUCUUCGAAGCAAAUGAAGCUUGGAAAGAUUUUCAUGGCUCGCUUCUUCGAUUUUAUGAAAAUGGAGAACUCUGUGAUGUCACACUAAAGGUUGGUUCAAAGCUCAUCUCUUGUCACAGACUGGUGUUGGCUUGUGUUAUCCCCUAUUUCAGAGCCAUGUUUCUCUCUGAAAUGGCUGAAGCGAAGCAGACGGUGAUUGAGAUCAGAGAUUUCGAUGGUGAUACGAUAGAAGACUUGGUAAAGUUUGUCUAUUCUUCCCGGCUCACCUUGACUGUUGACAAUGUCCAGCCUCUCUUAUAUGCAGCCUGCAUUCUGCAGGUUGACCUGGUGGCCAGGGCUUGUUGUGAGUACAUGAAGUUACAUUUUCAUCCGUCUAAUUGCCUAGCAGUCAGAGCCUUUGCAGAAAGUCAUAACCGCAUGGACUUAAUGGACAUGGCAGAUCAGUAUGCCUGUGAACACUUUCCUGAGGUUGUCGAGUGUGAGGACUUUGUAAGUGUGUCACCCCAGCACCUUCAAAAGCUUUUGUCCUCCAGUGACCUGAAUAUUGAGAAUGAAAAGCAGGUCUACAGUGCUGCCAUCAAGUGGCUUCUUGCCAAUCCUCAGCAUCAUUCCAAAUGGUUGGAUGAAACACUUGCACAGGUUCGUCUGCCAUUAUUGCCAGUUGACUUUCUUAUGGGUGUUGUGGCAAAAGAACAGAUUGUCAAGCAAAAUCUAAAAUGUAGAGAUUUAUUGGAUGAAGCAAGAAAUUACCACCUUCAUUUGAGUAGCAGAGCAGUGCCUGACUUUGAAUACUCCAUUCGGACCACCCCAAGGAAGCAUACUGCCGGUGUGCUGUUUUGUGUAGGUGGUCGAGGUGGGUCUGGUGACCCCUUUCGUAGUAUUGAGUGCUACUCUAUCCACAAAAACAGCUGGUUCUUUGGUCCAGAAAUGAAUAGCCGAAGACGACAUGUGGGUGUAAUCUCUGUGGAAGGUAAAGUGUAUGCAGUAGGCGGACAUGAUGGAAAUGAACAUUUAGGUAGCAUGGAAAUGUUUGAUCCUCUCACUAAUAAAUGGAUGAUGAAGGCAUCAAUGAACACAAAGAGGCGGGGAAUUGCCUUGGCCUCCUUAGGAGGCCCAAUUUAUGCAAUUGGAGGGUUGGAUGAUAACACCUGCUUCAGCGAUGUGGAGAGAUAUGACAUAGAAUCGGAUCAGUGGAGUGCAGUGGCCCCAAUGAACACACCCCGUGGAGGAGUUGGCUCUGUGGCUCUAGUGAACCAUGUUUAUGCAGUAGGUGGCAAUGACGGAGUGGCUUCUUUGUCUAGUGUAGAGAGGUAUGACCCACAUCUCGACAAGUGGAUAGAAGUUAAAGAAAUGGGUCAGCGAAGAGCAGGCAACGGAGUCAGUGAGCUUCAUGGUUGCUUGUAUGUCGUCGGUGGUUUUGAUGAUAAUUCUCCUCUGAGUUCAGUUGAGCGGUAUGACCCUCGAAGCAACAAGUGGGAUUACGUUGCUGCGCUUACCACUCCCAGAGGCGGAGUGGGCAUCGCCACAGUGAUGGGCAAAAUCUUUGCCGUGGGUGGUCAUAAUGGCAAUGCAUAUUUAAAUACAGUAGAAGCAUAUGAUCCACUGCUGAAUAGGUGGGAGCUGGUGGGCUCCGUGGCACACUGCAGAGCUGGAGCAGGUGUCGCUGUGUGUGCGUGCUUAACCAGCCAGAUCCGAGACGUGGGCCAUGGCUCCAGCAACGUGGUUGACUGUAUGUAACUUGAGUCCCAGGCAU